CGCGUCCUGUGGCGGUGCUGGGGUUUGUGUGCUCUCCCUGUGAGCGCUGCCUGGUAUGAACAUAGUGAGCACAUGACUUCAGCGAUGGACAACCGGAUCUGUCGCAAGUCGUGAUUGGCCUUAAGUUGACUUAGAACCAUUGAAGAGCUUAGCAGGAGCGUCUCAUUCCUGACGUUUCGCCCGCCUGGUUGCCUGACAGCAGCAGCUGAGCCAUGUACGGGAGCGCCCGCUCGGUGGGCAAGGCGGAGCCCAGCACGCAGAGCCCGGGGCGCUCCCCCCCGCUGCCGCGCUCGCCGCGCCUGGGCCACCGCCGCACCAACAGCACGGGGGGCAGCUCGGGGGGCAGCGCCGCGGGGGGCAGCGGGAAAACCCUCUCCAUGGAGAACAUCCAGUCCCUAAACGCCGCCUAUGCCACCUCCGGCCCCAUGUACCUAAGCGACCACGAGAACGUGGGCGCCGACACCCCGAAGAGCACCAUGACCUUGGGCCGCUCGGGGGGGCGGCUGCCUUACGGCGUCCGGAUGACCGCCAUGGGCAGCAGCCCCAACAUCGCCAGCAGCGGAGUUGCCAGCGAUACCAUUGCGUUUGGAGAGCACCAUCUCCCCCCGGUGAGCAUGGCGUCCACGGUGCCCCACUCGCUGCGCCAGGCCAGGGACAACACCAUCAUGGACCUGCAGACGCAGCUCAAGGAGGUGCUGAGGGAGAACGACCUGCUCCGCAAGGACGUGGAGGUGAAAGAAAGCAAGCUGAGUUCUUCCAUGAACAGCAUCAAGACCUUCUGGAGUCCUGAGCUCAAAAAGGAGAGAGCUCUGAGGAAGGACGAAGCUUCAAAGAUCACCAUUUGGAAGGAGCAGUACAGAGUUUUGCAAGAAGAAAACCAGCAUAUGCAGAUGACUAUCCAGGCUCUCCAAGAUGAGCUGAGGAUCCAGCGGGACCUGAACCAGCUGUUCCAGCAGGACAGCAGCAGCAGAACCAGCGAGCCCUUGGUGGCAGAGCUGACAGAGGAGAACUUCCAGCGGCUGCACGCCGAGCACGAGCGCCAGGCCAAGGAGCUGUUCCUGCUGCGCAAAACCUUGGAGGAGAUGGAGCUGCGGAUUGAGACCCAGAAACAGACCUUGAAUGCACGGGAUGAGUCCAUCAAAAAGCUGCUGGAGAUGCUGCAGAGUAAAGGUCUGUCGGCAAAAGCCACUGAGGAAGACCACGAGCGGACACGACGGUUGGCUGAGGCAGAGAUGCACGUGCACCACUUGGAAAGCCUUCUUGAACAGAAGGAGAAAGAAAACAAUGUGCUGAGAGAGGAAAUCCAUCGUCGAUUUGAGAACACUCCCGACACAGCCAAGACAAAAGCUCUCCAAACUGUUAUUGAGAUGAAGGAUUCAAAGAUUUCUUCCAUGGAGCGUGGCCUCCGGGAUUUGGAAGAGGAGAUUCAGAUGCUGAAGUCAAACGGAGCCCUGAGCACAGAGGAGCGUGAGGAGGAGAUGAAGCAAAUGGAGGUGUACCGCAGCCAUUCCAAAUUCAUGAAAAAUAAGGUAGAGCAACUGAAGGAAGAGCUAAGUGCCAAAGAGGCUCAAGGGGAGGACCUGAAAAAAAGAGUGGCUGGUCUCCAGACCGAGAUUGGCCAGGUGAAGCAGGAGCUGUCACGCAAGGACACCGAGCUGCUGGCCCUGCAGACCAAGCUGGAGACCCUCACCAACCAGUUCUCUGACAGCAAGCAGCACAUCGAGGUUCUCAAAGAGUCUCUGACAGCUAAAGAGCAAAGAGCUGCCAUCCUGCAGACAGAGGUGGAUGCGCUGCGGUUACGUCUGGAGGAGAAGGAGACUAUGCUGAACAAGAAGACAAAGCAGAUCCAGGAGAUGGCAGAGGAGAAGGGGACUCAAGCAGGAGAGAUCCACGACCUCAAGGACAUGCUGGAGGUGAAGGAACGCAAAGUUAACGUUCUUCAGAAGAAGAUUGAAAACCUUCAGGAGCAGUUGAGAGACAAGGAGAAGCAGAUGAGCAGCUUGAAGGAUCGAGUGAAAUCCUUGCAGGCCGACACCACGAACACUGACACUGCCUUGACCACGCUGGAAGAAGCGUUGGCAGAAAAGGAAAAGACCAUUGAGCGUUUAAAGGAGCAGCGUGACAGAGAUGAACGAGAAAAACAGGAAGAGAUCGACAACUACAAGAAAGACAUUAAGGACCUGAAAGAGAGAGUCAGCAUUUUACAAGGAGAUCUCACAGAGAAAGAGACAUCAUUACUGGAUCUUAAGGAACAUGCUUCAUCAUUAGCUUCAUCAGGACUGAAGAAAGAUUCAAGACUCAAAACACUGGAAAUUGCAUUAGAGCAGAAAAAGGAAGAAUGUUUGAAGAUGGAAACACAAUUGAAGAAGGCUCAUGAGGCAGCCCUGGAGGCGAGGGCCAGUCCCGAGCUGAGUGACCGCAUGCAGCAGCUGGAACGGGAGGUAACGCGGCACCGGGAGGAGUCUGGCAAGGCUCAGGCUGAGGUGGAUCGGCUUCUGGAGAUCCUGAAAGAGAUGGAGAAUGAGAAGAACGACAAGGAUAAGAAGAUAGCAGAACUGGAAAGGCAAGUUAAAGAUCAAAAUAAGAAAGUAGCAAACCUGAAGCACAAAGAGCAAGUGGAGAAAAAGAAGAGUGCACAGAUGCUGGAGGAGGCCAGGAGACGAGAGGAUAACCUUAAUGACAGCUCCCAACAGCUUCAGGACAAUCUGCGUAAAAAGGAUGAUCGGAUUGAAGAAUUGGAAGAGGCACUCAGAGAAAGUGUUCAGAUAACUGCAGAGCGAGAAAUGGUGCUAGCACAAGAGGAGUCAGCCAGGAUCAAUGCUGAGAAACAGGUAGAAGAGCUGAUGAUGGCUAUGGAGAAGGUCAAACAGGAGCUGGAGUCAAUGAAAGCAAAGUUGUCCUCCACACAGCAGUCUUUGGCUGAGAAGGAAACCCAUUUGACCAACCUACGAGCUGAAAGAAGGAAACAUUUGGAGGAGGUUCUGGAAAUGAAACAAGAAGCCCUUCUUGCUGCCAUUAGUGAAAAAGAUGCCAAUAUUGCUCUGCUAGAGCUUUCAUCCUCUAAGAAGAAGACUCAGGAUGAAGUGGCUGCACUGAAACGAGAGAAAGACCGUCUUGUGCAACAGCUCAAGCAGCAGACUCAGAACCGUAUGAAGCUGAUGGCUGACAACUAUGAGGAUGACCACCUCAAAUCCUCAUCCCAUUCCAACCAAACCAACCACAAGCCCUCCCCUGACCAGAUCAUUCAGCCCCUCUUAGAACUUGACCAGAACCGCAGCAAGUUGAAGUUGUACAUCGGCCAUCUGACAGCCCUGUGCCACGACCGCGACCCCCUGAUCCUGCGUGGGCUCACCCCGCCUGCCUCCUACCACCUGGAUGAUGACCAGGCAGCCUGGGAGAAGGAGCUGCACAAGAUGACCCAGGAGCAGCUGCACAGCGAGCUGGAGAAGGGCGAGAGGGAGAGCGUGGAGCUGCAGGAGUUCGCCAACGCCAUCCUGCAGCAGAUCGCCGAUCACUGCCCCGACAUCCUGGAGCAGGUCGUCAACGCCCUGGAGGAGUCCUCCUGACCUCUGCCACCAGCCACAGAGCAGCACACCAGUCAGUCCACGGAGCCAAGGGAGUGGAGAGCAAUGUGAAAGACAGAGCACAGAAUGGAAACUUUUGGUGCACCUUUGACAGAAAAAACAAAGGCAAAAAAAAACCCUUCUAAAAACUACAUGCUCUCUAGGUUCUUCCAGUCUAUGAUUAAUCAGCCGUUUUUGUAUUCAUCCUCUCACUGCCUUUCUACUUUAGAAUCCAAUUCCCCAUUGACUUUGUUGGUGGUGACUUAUGGAUACAGCUAAGCAGAGCUCUUCCAAGUCUACUGAGCAAAGAAGAGGGGAUCCAGUGAACACAAGCAGCUCUGCUUCUCCAUGAGGUUGCAGAAGAGUAGCCCUUGCCUUCCAUUAAUACAUUGCUUUUUCCUUCUUAUCUUCUUUCCUUCCUCCUGUUUUUAUUUUCAUGAAAGCUGAAAGCCUGAAUUUUAUAAUGCUAAAACCAAACCUGAGUGUGCUCUGAUUAUGGCUCAUGGCUGGCCAGCAUCAGCUAGCUCAGGUCUUGCUGCCUGUCUCAAUGCUUCUUAUUUUCUUAAAUAACAGAGUGAGGAAAGGAAAGUUUCCCUCCUUGCUCAUGUUAGUCAUUUCAUCUAGCAGCUGGGAAAAAAAGGUAGGCAUACUGGUACUUUCUGUUUACUUAACUUGGAUUUUUAUUGUUCACUGGUCUGACUCUGAAGUGCUAGGUAGGGCAUUUUUUGAGGUAACUGUUUUCAUCUGUUGAUUUUUGGGGGGUUUUAGAUGAGGUUUCUCAUCAUAGGUCUUUGUCUCCUAAGUUCUUACUUUAUGGAGAUCUUUUUCCUUUUGAGCAGAUGUGGUCAACAGGUCAGUUCCCAGCUUUAACUUGUAUAGUUUGUCCAGUUUUUCAGGCUGUAACUUUGUGAGCACUAGCUGUCAUCAGAAUAGUCUUAGACUUUCUGUAAAUGAGAAAUUUGCAUCAUUUAGCUUAGAAGUAUAAUAUUAAAGCUAAGUUAGGUAAAUCAGUAGCACAGUUCUUACUAUAAUUAUAAUUUAAUUUAUUUUGGUUUAGCUUACAUUGACAAGGAAUGAGUUUUGAGUUCAGGGCAAUAACCCUUAUGAAGAGGAGCAUCUCUGCUGGAGGUGGCACCCAGCUGAGUAGAUAGGCGUAAAAUCACAGCUUUACUUAAACCAGUGCAAUUCUUCUGUGUAUAUGAGAGGCCUUAGUUUUAUUCCCAUCCACCUUCAACUCUCAUUACAGCUCCUGCUGAUAGGUAAUAUGACUUGAAAUCCCAGGUCAGUUUGUCAUUGUGGUAGCAAGUCAGAAAUCCUAUUUUAUGAGUAGGACUUGGGGGUUCAUUCUUGGACUAUGCAUUAAUGGGGGGGCACAUUUUUUCCAGGCUGCCAGUGGUUAUGUGUGUCUGGGGGCAUCUGCAGGGCAGAACCCUGUAGCAUGUCCCCAUGUGCUCCUUAAAGGAGCUGUUCCCUUUGGCUGGCUCAUAUUACUUCAGAAAGCAAGGGGAAAGCAAAAGGAGACCAAAUUGCAACACAGCAGUGGAAGAAAUCUUGGUUUUCUGGUCACCAGCUAAUUAUGAAUCCUCUCAGUAAACCUCCCAUUCAGAGCCUGCAGUUUAAUUCCAUAUGGCUUACUACAUUUUGAGCUUAAUCACCAAGAUGUUGUGCUAAGGAAAAUGUUCCAGGCUCUUUCAGGAAAACUGCAUUUUUUGUAGCUCUCUCAGAUCCACAGCACAGCUCACCCUGUAGGUCUUUCACACCUUGUUUUUAUCUUUAGAAGUGACCAAUUAACAAGAAAGGAGAUCAGCAAAAGUUUGAGUAAGGGAAGAUGUACCCUGUAGUUUUUUCCAAACAAGCACUGAAAAUUGGGCAAAACUGUAACCUUAUGUACCUGUAGACUCUAUUGAAAAUUUGCUGAUUUAAAAUAAAUCACAUCCCCAUUGAUUCUACUGUAAUAAUUCAGCAGAAGGAGCUGCAUUCAUAGCCAGGGAGUCUAGGAAGAAGUAAGUCUCAAAAGAAGAGGUAAAUCACUCCUUUUCCAACUUUGGAAUUGCCAGUGCUUUGCAAAUCAGAACUAGCUUUAGUUCCUCCUGUAAUAGCAGCCUGUGUCUGAAGCUCUUUUUUUUGUGUCAUGCGUGAGGAGAGUAAUGGGAACCUGAAUGUGUGGAAGGGGGAAUGCCGGAAGGCCGGCAGACAGUGACUGUACUCACUGCUGGGCCGGGCCUCAUCCCAGAACCACCCCUUUGGUCCCAUUAUUUGAGUCAGCACGUUUCGAUAGGAGCUGUUGUUUUGAAAUCUUCCCUCUUGCUUUUUCUUCAUCACCCCCAAUUACUCACUCAAGGAAUUUAAUGCCGCCUGUAAAAGCAUCAGAGCCAUCAGCCCAGCAUCAUCGGCCACCGCCGCCCCUCCUGACUCUCUCAUUAACUUAUAUGGUCAAAUCUCCAGCUGCCCUGGUUCCCUGCUGUAAAACAAUCCUUCCUCUGUGAGAAGCUGUGGAAUUUCCCUUAUCGAUGGUUCAAAUGGCUCCUGCUUGUAAACCUCUUACUGAGAUGUUCCUUGAUAGCGUUCCUGCUGGAGGCAGGGGCAGGGGGAGGGGAUGGGAGCGAGGGGCGAUCACUUCAGGCUGUUGUUUCAAUUCCCUGACUUUACUGCAUUGCCCACACAUUGCAGGGAGCUGCUGCUGCUUCUUCAGCAUCUCUAACUCGGCUUGUGGCUGUAUUUCUAUAGUUCAAAGUGCCCCAGCCAAAGGCCUGGUGCUGUCAUGGCAGCGUGUGCAGGAUCUGUGCACCAAGCCAGGUGAAGCUCACUGUUUACACAUCUCCCAGGCUCUUCCCAGGGAGGAUUUGUCAAGCCUGGCUGGUUUUCACGCUGGCCAUUUGGUCCUUUAUCUGCCAGCCACACACCUGCUGUUCCUUCCAUCUGAAUUGUUGGGCCCUGGCGAUUUUUCUCGUUAACCACUGUUAUCUCCUAGGUCUUGUAGGCUUCCCAUCUUAAAGAUUGAUCUUAGACCUCUGUAAAGUGCUUUCAGGGAGGGAGCAGAUCUCAUUUAGGAACAGUCUUGAUCCAGCUUGAUCCCCAUUGAACUGUUUCAGGUAAUGUCUCUGAUCCUGUGUUGACAGAGAUGCUGUGGUGAAUAGCUUGAGGAACUUUGGGGUUUGGGAGGUACUGCUGGCCACGAUUUAAUGCUCAACGUGACCACUGAAAGCUUUUUCUUUUCACUCUUAUGGAGUACCACACCAUUGGCCUUAAGGCAACAAAGGGAUUUUAUUCUUAUAGCCCAUCAUGGAAUUGCAUAUGAGGCACAUGCCACGUGUGGCAUACCCUGCAGUGCUCAUCCAGUUGCCUAACCCACCACUGCUCUUUUAAAAUCCUACUCCCAAGUGUCAGCAGCCAGGCAGAUGCAGACAGUUUCCUACCCCAGUGGUCCUGCUGUGCAGCAGCUCUAGGAAAUCAGGGGCCCUUCCCAGAGACCCUGGGGAAAUCUGCUUUUUCUUCUCCUGUUGAAUGAAGUUCCAUUUGCUACAGGAGCUGUGAAAGUUUUAACUGCUUUAAUAUUACUUUUUUUUCUUCCGAGCUGUCGUUUGUGGAGAAGCUGAGAGAUGUGAGGACUCAAGGAGCUGUUUGUAGAAAAUGAAGUAGGUGAUUAUGGCAGGGUUUGGGCUAAAAAAUAACUGAAGCCCAUGUACACCGUAAAAGCUGACACUGCAACCAUACUGGUUCACAAUAUCCACAAGUCCAAGUCCUUGUUUUCCUCUGGAUCCAACCUGAUGUAAAACACUAAAAGGACAUAACACUAGCAUUGCAGGGUGAGAACACGAGCACUGUUUGCCAUUGGAAGAAGAAUUACCUGGCAUGCUCCCAGAUGAAACCCUGAGCUUCUCAAAGUAUUCUCUCUCAUUUUGACUGCCUUUAACCAGCUUUCACUCCAGAAAAUGCCAAACCCUCUCUGGAGUAUCCAGUUUUUGCCAAGUCCUGGGGACAGAAGGUGAAGGACAUGAUGUGCAGAGCCUCAUGCACCGUUUCUCCUUGCACGGCUGGAAUAUCCCUUCUCUGGAAAAUUUCCUGGUACUUUGGGGCUCUGGAAUUUGCACAAGGGGGCAUAAAGGUCAUAAAUCCUGUAGAGAUAACCCUGGUUUUCAAACCAAAGGGGCAUCUCUUUUCGUUUGCCCUGUAAUUCCCACCUCUUCUGCUGCUAGUGCUCAAUUUGUUGGGAAAUUUUUACAUCUGAUGAGGGUUGACAGGUUUGAGUCCCCAGUCCUGUUCUAAUUGCCAAUCGCUGCCACUGCAGGGGUCUUUGCAAAGGAUGUGGAGUCAUGCACCGAUACCAUUUUAAAGCAAAAAUGUCACUGCACACGUAGUGCAUAUAUCCCUCAAACGACUCCAGUGAGAUGCUAAAGGGAAGGAGCACAAGCAAGGCAUCUGAUCCUGAAAGGAAUCCUCUCCUCAGCUCAACGCCUGCACUGGAAGAGGGACCUGGAGAGGCUGUGGAUAACCAGCACUGCCCCAGCGGGGUGGGAGGGCUGGGCACGGGGCAACUCUGCUGACCCCUCUCAUCUGCGUGGUGAGGAAGAGGAGUGUCAGGGGUUUUUUUAAAACAAAACCAUGUUUUUAAUUGUUUUUUCCACAGAAAUGGAAGGAACCUUACGCAACAGCAGAUCCUUCUGAACAAAAUGGCUGUGUCC